GAAAGAGGACAUGGUGAAAGAGGAGGACGUGGUGGAAGAGGAGGAGGAGGUGGUGAAGGAGGUGGAGGUGGAGAACGACGGCGACAAGGAAGGGGAAGAGCAAGGGCAUGAAGACAGUCAGUCUCGGAUGAAAUUCGAGCCACUUUAGUUGACCAUGUCCUUGUCCAUGGGAUGACUAUGAGGGAGGCUGGGCAACGAGUACAACCAAAUUUGAGUCGCUUCACUGUUGCCUCCAUCAUCAGAACCUUCAGAGAGGAAAACAGGACACAGAGACGACCACCUGGUGGAGGCAGGUUAAGGCUUUUGUCGGAGGAGCAAGAGAGGGAACUUGUAAACAUGGUAAUUGCAAAUAAUGUAAUCCGCCUGCAAGAGAUUCAAAGGAGAGUGAUUGAGGAUGAUCAUCUUUUUCGAGGCAUAAAUGCCAUCAGCCUCUCCACAAUUGACCGCAUCCUCCGAAAGAAUCAAUUCCGGAUGAAACAGGCAUACCGAGUCCCUUUCGAACGAAACUCUGACAGAGUGAAAAACCAACGUGUGGAAUAUGUUCAGAGAAUCUUUGAGAUUGAAGGACGGCCUGUUCCCCAUGAAAUGAUCUUUGUGGAUGAGGCAGGUUUUAACCUGACCAAAAGAAGGAAAAGGGGGAGGAACAUAAUUGGCCAUCGGGCUAUUGUAAAUGUCCCUGGUCAGCGUGGGGGGAAUGUCACUAUGUGCGCAGCCAUCAGCCAACGAGGGGUACUCCACCGCCAUGCCGUACUAGGACCCUAUAACACUAUGCUUCUCCUUGCUUUUCUUGAUGGUUUAAGACAACAUAUGUUCCAGCUGGACUACAGGGAACCAGCACAGCCAGAGCAGCCUCACUACGUUGUUGUGUGGGAUAACGUCAGCUUCCAUCGCGCUGCUCUGGUUCGUGACUGGUUUACCAAUAACCCAAGGUUUUCUAAUAUCUUUCUGCCUGCAUACUCCCCCUUUCUAAACCCGAUAGAGGAGUUAUUUUCGGCAUGGCGGUGGAAAGUGUAUGACCGAGAACCUUAUGUCCGUGUUCACCUCCUUCAGGCCAUGGAAGAGGCCUGCCUAGACAUAUCAGUAGAUGCAUGCCAGGGGUGGAUCAGGCAUGCAAGAGGAUUUUACCCCCGCUGCCUGGCUGGGGCCAAUAUAGCCUGUGAUGUGGAUGAGAUUCUCUGGCCUGACCCAGACCAAAGACAAGAUGCUGUGGUGGGAUAAUGUUUCUGGUGUGUGUUGUACUGUAUAGUACAUGAAUGACAAUGUGCCACUGUACAUACAUUGGUUGCGUCUUUUGUGUUUAUCAUGUGACAAGGGUUUUGAAGGGGAGAACCAUAAGCAACCUAAUUGUUUUGGAACUAUUGUUUUGAAUUAAUUGUACCAGUGUGCAAAA